GUGCGGCGCUUUGACCUCUCGAUCGUGCCUCAAAACCAGCCUAUCGAUCGCCGUCGCUGGUGUGAAUUAGCCUUUGCCAGUGCUGCCAUUGAUGCGCUUGUUACUGAUCGCAUUCAUCCCGAUGGCGGCCGCAGCCAUGCUGCGCUUCCGAGUGCCAGGCGCGAAGCGACUGCUGGCAAUAUCGCAGGGCGACCUCACGCGCUGGGUGCCGCCGGCGCAGCCGUCGGCCAUCGUGAAUGCGGCGAACGAGCGGUGCCUCGGCGGCGGUGGUGUGGAUGGCGCAAUCCACAAGGCGGCGGGGCCCGAACUGCGGAAGUUGUGCGAGGCGCUGCCCGAGGUCGCGCCCGGCGUGCGGUGCCCCACGGGCGACGCUGUUUCGACAAAAGCGUGCGGUGCGCUGCAGUCGACGCACGUCAUCUAUACGGUCGGACCGAACGUGUCCGGACGGCGCUACGAGAGCGACGUGUCCGGCGACGCUACGACUGACCCGGCGAAACUUCCCGCCGCCUAUCGUCGAACCUUCGAAGUUGCGUCCGAACUAGGUUUAGCUGCGGUCGCGCUGCCGGCCGUGUCGUGCGGCGUCUUCGGCUACCCCCUCGCCGACGCGGCGCGCAUCGGGACGCGGGCGGCCGUCGCGUCGAAUAUCGACUACGUCGAGUUCGUGCUCUUCUCCGACGACCUCUACGACAUCUUCGCGACCGCCGCCGAGGACGCGUGCGGGCCACCAGAAGUAACCUAGGAAUAAUUACUGACAC